AUGAGUGACCUAGACAGGGCGAUCGAGCAGCUGCGGGCCUGCCGCCUGAUCCCCGAAAGCCAAGUCCGCGAACUGUGCUACAAGGCGCGCGAGCUCUUAAUCGAAGAGGGCAACGUCGUCUCCGUUGAUGCGCCGGUCACGAUCUGCGGCGACAUCCAUGGCCAAUUUCAUGACCUGAUGGAGCUGUUCCGCGUGGGCGGCGACGUUCCCGACACAAAUUACUUGUUUAUGGGCGACUUCGUCGAUCGCGGCUUCUAUUCGCUCGAGUCCUUCCUCCUUCUCCUAUGCUUGAAAGUGCGCUAUCCCGAUCGCAUCACUCUGAUCCGCGGCAACCACGAGUCACGUCAGAUUACCACCGUAUACGGGUUCUACGAUGAGUGCAUCCGCAAGUACGGCAGCGCCAACGUCUGGCGAUACUGCUGCGAAGUGUUUGAUUAUUUGGCACUCGGCGCCCUCGUGCUUGGCGCUAGCUCGGAGCUUGAACCAACCAUGUCCGGAGGAAACGAUAUAACACAGUCUACGAUGCCUAUCGAUGACGGCGAGCUGGAGACUGAGGUACUGAAUUCGCGUGGAGAAGUUACAAUGAGUACAUACCGCCCCCGACAGCGCUCUUCCUCCGAUGUCUCCACAGACUCCCGAAACAUUUCACCACCACGCGAUAUAUCCGCCGCACCAGGCCAGACCGGCGCGCCUACUCGCACCGGCGCCCCCGGCACAGGCGCCAGUGGAUACGGUAACGGCAGCGCGAUGACCAGCCGCACUGGCGCUGUGCUUUGUGUUCACGGCGGCUUGUCACCCCUAAUUGACUCGGUAGAUAAAAUCCGGCUGAUUGACCGCAAGCAAGAAGUGCCCCAUGAAGGCGCCAUGUGCGAUCUUCUCUGGUCAGACCCCGACGAGAUCGAGGGAUGGGGCCUGAGCCCGCGAGGUGCCGGGUUCCUGUUUGGCGGAGACAUUGUCAAACAAUUUAACCACCUGAAUGGCUUAUCUCUGGUGGCUCGUGCCCACCAGCUUGUCAUGGAAGGGUAUAAGGAGAUGUUUGACGGCGGUAUUGUCACAGUGUGGUCUGCGCCGAACUACUGCUACCGAUGCGGCAAUGUUGCCGCUAUCUUAGAGCUUGGAGAGGAUGCUCGCAACGGCGGCACUGUUGCGCGCAGUAACGGAGAAUAUGGACGGAGCAAUGGUGUUGUUGGUGCGGACGGUGUCGCCAGCACUGUUGUCAGUCCUGGGAGAAGAUACCGCGUUUUCGAGGCUGCAGCGCAGGAUACUAGGGGUAUGCCUGCGAAGAAGCCCGUCGCUGAUUAUUUCCUGUGA